UUGUAAUUUCUUCUAUCCCUAAUCCACGACCUCUUUUAUACAAAAAAAGACAAAAAAAGUACCCAACUCCAAAUAUUGACGACAAGUGACAACCAGCUGAUGACAAUGAUGUUCCCAUGGUAGAUUAUGAUAGAUGAAUGUAAAUCAAGCAGCUAUGAAAUGUAAGGUCUGCAGUACUUGAUCUUGAUUAUAUUUAGUGAUAUAGAAUAAAACAUGCAAAUUCCAAAAGAAAAUUGUUGUAUCAGAUAAAAUAAGCGAAGAUCAAAAGUUUAUCAUACAAGAGUAUUUAUGGUGCAGGGAAUUUUUUUUUUUUAUUACUUUAACUUCAAAAUCUCGAAAAAGAAAAGAAAUUUAUAGGAGAAAACGUGGCUAUUGAAAAAUGCAGUGCCAUGCAUUAUUUUAGAUUCCAACUCUCCAUCCAUGCAACAUUGUUGAGAUUAAGCAUCUUUAUCCUGAGUUUUUAGCUCCAUCUACUCUUCUAUUAUUACCGUAUAAUUCUUUUUUCUGCAUUUCAUAUCCUGACUAGACAUACUUUCAUUUCCCAGUUGCACCUAAAUUAACUCAGCUUGCACUCCCUUUAUAAUCUUCCAUCCAUAUACACAUUUCCCACCUCCAAACUCAACUCCCCACCUCCUCUGGCUCUGGCUGUGCCAAUAUCAUCUGCCUGUAAUUCCUAAUUUUCUUCGAAAAUCUAAUCAGAGAAUUCAAAUUAAACAAGCUCAACCAUCAAGGAGAACUUGAAGCAAAGUAGGCUGACAGGUUGGAAGAACUUAUAUUACUUCUUUGGAGAAUGAAUGGCAAAAAGGGCAGUGUUGAGAUCAACAUUCCACCAGCUCCUAAAGUCAAACAGCCAGAAGUUGGCAAGAAUUCUGGCUUCCAGGGCUUUUCCUGCAAAGCUUGGAUAUGGAAUUUUUGGGAAUUUUGCAGAGAAGAUAGUAACAGAGUAACAUUCUCAUUCAAAGUGGGACUGGCUGUUCUACUAGUUUCUUUGCUUAUACUACUUCGAGGACCUUAUGAAAUUUUUGGAACCGAUAUCAUUUGGUCCAUCCUCACUGUUGCCAUCAUGUUUGAAUACACAGUUGGUAUGUAUGUGCACAUCGUCAUGCAACACAAUCAUGAUUUCAUGUUCAUAGGCCAUAACAUUGUGCAUAAACCAACACCGUGAAAAGCCUAAUC